UUUUUUUUGCAGGUGUGUCAAUUUUAAUUCUGCCCAGUAGGUGGGACUUGGUGACUUUCGCACCGUUUGCCUUAUUUAUUUAUUUCCCCCGGCUGCCUCCCCAGCCUCCGUUGCGAUCCUCCGGAGCGGCGGGCGGGCGGCCGGGCCAGCAUGCAUCCCCGCCCGCUGCCGCUGCCCUAGCGGGAAUUACAGCCUCUCCGAGCCAGCUGCCAGCAUGAUUUCAUCUGCUGGAGGAUUUUUGCAUCUGAUCGCUUGAGGUUUUUCGUUGUGUGUCUUUUUUUUUUUUUUUUUUUUUUUUUUGCCUCCCUCCGUCUUUGUUUCCUUCCCCCCUUUCCCCCCCUUCCCCUCCCUCCAUCCCCCCUUUCCUCCUCCUCCUCUUUUUUAGAAGCAGCAAUCGGAGAUGGAUGUCUCUCUUUGCCCUACCAAGUGCACUUUCUGGAGGGUAUUUUUGCUCUGGAGCAUUUGGGGAGACUAUCUGCUUUCGGUGCUGGCUUGCCCUGCUAAUUGUCUUUGCAGCAAGACAGACAUCAAUUGCAAGAAGCUGGAUGAUGGGAACCUCUUCCCUCUCUUGGAAGGGCAGGAUUCAGGCAGCAGCAAUGGCAACACGAGCAUCAACAUCACGGACAUCUCAAGGAACAUCACUUCGAUACACAUAGAGAACUGGAAGAACUUGCAGACGCUGAACGCCGUAGACAUGGAGCUGUACACGGGACUCCAGAGGCUGACAAUCAGGAACUCAGGACUACGAAAUAUCCAGCCCCGGGCCUUUGCGAAGAACCCUCACCUGCGCUACAUAGACCUCUCUGGUAACCGGCUCACCACCCUGUCAUGGCAACUCUUCCAGACGCUGCGGCUCUUUGAACUGAGACUAGAGAGGAACCUCUUUAACUGCAGCUGCGACAUCCGCUGGAUCCAGCUCUGGCAGGAGAAGGGCGAGGCCAACCUGCAGUCCCAGGAGCUCUACUGCAUGAACAUGGACACAGCCGUCAUCCCUUUGCAGGAGAUGAACAUCACCCAGUGCGACCUCCCGGAGAUCAGCGUGAGCCACGUGAACCUGACGGUGCGGGAAGGGGAGAACGCUGUCAUCACCUGCAACGGCUCGGGCUCGCCGCUGCCCGACGUCGACUGGACGGUGGCGGAUCUGCACUCCAUAAACACGCACCAGACCAACCUCAACUGGACCAACGUUCACGCCAUCAAUCUGACCUUGGUGAAUGUCACCAGUGAGGACAACGGGUUCCUGCUUACCUGCAUUGCUGAGAAUGUGGUGGGGAUGAGCAAUGCCAGCGUGCUACUCACCGUCUACUAUCCCCCUCGCAUCCUAACCCUGGAGGAGCCGGUGCUGCACCUGGAGCACUGCAUUGCGUUCGCAGUGCAUGGGAAUCCAGCUCCCACCCUCCACUGGCUGCACAACGGCCAGGUCCUCCGGGAGACGGAGAUCAUCCACAUGGAGUUCUACCAGCAAGGGGAAGUCUCUGAGGGUUGCCUGCUCUUCAACAAGCCCACUCACUACAACAAUGGCAACUACACCAUAGUGGCCACCAACCAGCUGGGUUCAGCCAACCAAACCAUCAAGGGACAUUUCCUUGAAAAGCCUUUUCCAGAGAGCACGGACAACUUUGUCUCAAUUGGUGAUUACGAAGUGAGUCCCACCCCACCCAUCACUGUGACCCACAAACCAGAGGAGGACACUUUUGGGGUUUCCAUAGCGGUUGGGCUGGCAGCUUUUGCUUGUGUCCUCUUGGUGGUCCUCUUUAUUAUGAUCAACAAGUAUGGCCGGCGGUCCAAGUUCGGGAUGAAAGGUCCCGUGGCAGUGAUCAGCGGCGAGGAGGAUUCGGCCAGUCCCCUCCACCACAUCAACCACGGCAUCACAACGCCCUCGUCCCUGGACGCUGGACCGGACACGGUGGUGAUCGGCAUGACCCGCAUUCCUGUCAUCGAGAACCCCCAGUACUUCCGACAAGGUCACAACUGCCACAAGCCAGACACGUAUGUCCAGCAUAUUAAGAGGAGAGACAUCGUUUUGAAGAGGGAGCUGGGAGAAGGUGCCUUUGGGAAGGUGUUCUUGGCCGAGUGUUACAACCUCAGCCCCACCAAUGACAAAAUGCUGGUGGCAGUGAAGGCGCUGAAAGACCCCACCUUGGCGGCCCGCAAGGAUUUCCAGAGGGAGGCAGAGCUGCUCACCAACCUGCAGCACGAGCACAUCGUCAAGUUUUACGGCGUGUGUGGUGACGGCGACCCGCUCAUCAUGGUCUUCGAGUACAUGAAGCAUGGGGACCUGAACAAGUUCCUGAGGGCACAUGGCCCAGAUGCUAUGAUCCUCGUGGACGGGCAGCCUCGACAAGCCAAAGGGGAGCUAGGGCUAUCCCAGAUGCUCCACAUCGCUAGCCAGAUCGCCUCUGGAAUGGUGUACCUUGCCUCCCAGCACUUUGUCCACAGAGACCUGGCCACCAGGAACUGCUUGGUCGGAGCCAACCUGCUGGUGAAGAUUGGAGACUUUGGGAUGUCAAGAGACGUCUACAGCACUGAUUACUACAGGGAAGGGCCGCGUCCGAAGGGCCAGUUCAGCGCAGCGUGGCAGCGACAGAGACUGGCACCGCCGGCAGCUGCAACAGUUGGAGGACACACCAUGCUGCCCAUCCGCUGGAUGCCUCCGGAGAGCAUCAUGUACAGGAAGUUCACGACAGAGAGCGACGUCUGGAGCUUCGGGGUGAUCCUCUGGGAGAUCUUCACGUACGGGAAGCAGCCCUGGUUCCAGCUCUCAAACACAGAGGUCAUUGAGUGCAUUACCCAAGGCCGAGUUUUGGAAAGACCUCGAGUCUGCCCCAAGGAGGUUUACGACAUCAUGUUGGGCUGCUGGCAGAGAGAACCUCAGCAACGGCUCAAUAUCAAGGAGAUCUACAAGAUCCUUCAUGCUCUGGGCAAGGCCACACCAAUCUACCUGGACAUCCUUGGCUAGCAGUGGCCACUUGUCAGAAGUCCCUGCUCCUUCCUUCCGUCCUUCCUUCCCUCUCCCCCUCCCAAGUCCUUUGCCCCUCAGCUCCCAAGCAAACAUCUUCAUAUAAACUCAAGUGCCUGCUACACAUACAACACUGAAAACAAAACAAAACAAAACAGACAGCAAACCAACAAAAAUCCCACAAAACAAUGACCUAUAAGGCAGUUUGGCUUAUAUAUAUUUAUAGAUAUCUCUCUAUAUAUAAAUUCCACACCAAUACAGAAAGAAGCUGCUGUUACAGAAAAAAUUAUAAGACUUAAAAAAAAGGGAGAAAAAAAAAGUACUUAAAUAUAUAUAUAUAUAAUUAAAAAAAAAAGAAAGAAAAGAAGAAAAGAGAAGGUAUCUUCCCCCGAGCAAUGAAGCAGUGAAUUGUAACCCUGCUGUGAGUAUGGUUCGGGCUGUUGGGCAGGGCUCUAGUCUGGCUACAGCAGUGAUGCCAGCCUGGGUAGGAGCUCUGGGAGGAAAGCCCUGCCCCGGUUGUAUGAUAUGCACUGAAUGUGUGAAAUCAGUCCUCCCUUUUUGUCCUUGCCUCCCUUCCUCCUUCCCAGCCCACAGGUGAUGGGCGCAAAGCCAGGGCAGUGCCCCUGGAUGAACUCUUUUACCAAGCCCUUUCCUCCUUCUCCAUCCCUCCCUGUCCCUCUCUGCCUUCCUGCCUUUUUUCCUCCCUCCAACAUUUCAGGACAAUUUUUCUAAUUUGCUGAUUCUUAACUGUAUAGACUCAAGGCUUUCAAACACACAGUCAAAGGAUUGUGGCACCUACGGGUAAAACACACGCCGGGAACCAGCUGCCCUCCCGCAGACAGCACGUUGGCCGGACCCAGCCCUCCCUCCCUCUGCGGGGCAGGAGAGCAGUGGGACUGAAGGGACCCCCCUGGGCUGAGGGGCAUCCUAAGACCCAUUCCUGAUUCAUCCCAACCCAUUCUGGUGUGCGAGACAGGAGUUUCGUUCUUCUCUGUGCCCGGCAGAGAUGGCGAUACUGGGAGGAACAACCCCCCCAUCCCCCACCCCUGCCUUUUCUCCCCACCCUUCACUUUCGUUGAGGCCAUGGGAUUGUUCCCCCUCCCUCAGCUGUCCACACCACAGCCAUAUUGGUGUAGACCCUCAGCAGACAGGGUUGCAUCCCCUGUUUCAUGCAUGGGGGAAGGCUGCAGUGAGCAGACCAGCUGGGAAUCGCUUGCAUGCCAGCUGAGCAUGCCUAUGGGGUCAGCAUAUCCCAGUGCUCUCCCUCCCCAUCCUCUUCCCUUCCCCAUCCCUGCCCCAUGCCUCAGUCCAAGCCUUAGGCACAAGCCAGCGGGGGCGAGGGAGGGGGACAAGGCUUGUGAGAUGGCUGGGAACCUACCAACACCUGCCUGCGGCCCCCUUGCCAUUCUCCUCACGUCCCCAUCCCCUGAAAGGAUUGAUGCAUCUGCCUUUGAGCUGUUGUGAAAUGCAGAGGCUGAAGAAUAGCUCCACAGGCAGCCCCGGGAGGAGGGGGGAAGGAAGGGAAGGUGCCUUCAGGAGCAGACAGCUCAGCGGAUGGCUGCAGUGGCCAGCCUUGCAUCUCAAUGAGGAUAAAGGGCUGACAGCAGUGACAGGGGGUGCUGGGGACAGCCAGGGAGAGAGAGCAGCAUCCUCCCUACAGCCCACCUCCCUGGAGCAGGAAAUUAUCCCUAUCUGGGGAAAGGCUGACUCAAACGCUGAAUCGUGCCCAUCCAGACUGGGCUGAGAAAACAAAACAUUCCUGGGUUGCUUUUUUUUUUCCUCCAGUAGUGGAGGACGAGGGGGAAACCUCAGCUUGGCAGCCGCUCUCAGGAGGCAGAGAGCGGAUGCCACAGGCAUUGUCAAGGCAAUUUUGAGAAGGCGACAAUCACCGGCACAAAAAUAGCCUGCUCGGAUGUGGUGCUUGUCUGGGAGGGAAUGCAGAUAGGGGAGGAGGAGAUGCAGAAGGGAUCUUGACUCCUUCCCAAAGCCAGAGUGGUGUUCAGGGCCAGGAUGCAAGAGGAGAUGGGUGAGACUGGCUGAGAACUGGUUAUGGCCAGCUACUGAAAGGGAAGGUUUUGCAUCCUCUCCUCAUUCUCCUCAUCUCUUGCCCUUCUCUACCUCCCACUCAUGGCUCUGACCUUAUGGUUUCAAAUGAGGCAGGAGACAAUUCUCCAAGGAAGUUUGUGGUGGCAGCAGUGUCUGUGGGUUCAGUCUGUGCUUAGGUGAGGGGAUGGGUGGCAGUAACCACAUGGGAGUAAGGACACAGCCUUUUUCUUCACCCGCCAGCUUAGGUUCAUCUUCGGAAGUGAAAAAGACAGGUUGAAGGGUUGCUAACUCUGGCAUGGCUCUCUGUAUGCAGGCUGCUUUGGCUGAAAGGACUUCAGAGUGUAUGCAGGGAGAACAAGUGAUGGCUGUUCAUAGCCCAGUGCCUCCAGAAGAAAUCCCUUUCCUGGGGCUGCCUGCCCCAUACCCAAAAGGCCUCCUGCUCUCGUGGCUCCCAGGCACUGUGCUGGCCUGUGCCAGGCCACCAUUUUGUCCGCCCUCCUCUCUGGCUCUCAUUUCUCUUUUUACCAGUUUCAUAGGCCUUUACACAACAAAUUACCUAAAGACACUGUGUUCCCAUAGCCGACGCUAUUCCCCUAGAACCAUCCUGCAUAACAGCUAUAUCUUCCUUUCCCUCCUUCUUUCCUCCUUCCUCUCCUCCCCACCACCACCGACCGCCCUGUACCUCGUGCCAGCUAUUUGUGUGGUCACGACAGUGAGGCAAGCGCAGGAGCGGAGCAUCUCACCAGGCCUCUGGGCCACGUGGUGAGGAAUAAGUCUGUGAGAGGUGAGGGGAUGGGCCCCCAGAAGAUGUGAACUGGCUCAGACCAAGGUUCAGGCUGUCUGCAUUGCUAUUAGUCCCACCAAGUGCAGUGACUGCCUCAGAAAAAGGCCCUUUUGUCAAAGCCAAUUGUGAGCAAUUGCUCAGAAGAGCAGGACGAGCUGCGGUGACAUCUCCCUGGCUGCCGCUGCUGCCCUGUGCCCCUUAGCCUGGUGGUGCUGGAUGGAGGUUUGCUGGCGGGGAAGAAGGGGCUGUGUUGUAUUUUGGAGAUGUGAUUGAAACUGCUGCAUCCCUUUUCAGUAUGACAGGCCUGGUCAGGUGGGGAAGAGAGGCCUGGUUUUGGAGGGAAAGAGAGAAAGCAUCUGUGCCAAGUUCCUGGUGAACACCCUGAGACCUCAUUUGCAGAAGAACCUUCCCUGGGCCAGAAGAGGAGCAGCCCUUCAGCAUGGAUGAUGGUCCCUUCCCUGUGGAACGAGGGGCUCUUGAGGGGAUCCUGCCACUGCCCCACUGCAUGUCAAGGGAGGAGGAAGAGCAGAUAUGGGGGAAACCAUCACAGAGUUCCAAUAAGUCUCAUUGUGGGCAGCAUUUGGAGACAGAGAAAUGAUUAUGCGCUCCUUCUCCAUUUCCAAGAGAGAGACAUCCCAUUGCCCGGCCUCUGCUAAGAGGGGAGAGCUAUCCCUGCUGCACGGGAACACCAGCAGGUCUCAUCCAGGUCCAGGGCAGGCUAGGCCUCACUCCCAGCACACCAGUGUGCCCAGGCAGAUGUUCCCACCACCCAACGUCCACCAUCAGCAGCUUUCUGAAGGGCCUUCCUGAAAGGGAGCUGGGAGGAAUGCUGCUCUGGGCACUGCUGACAAGGGGCCGUGGUGCCCAUUCGAGCAGCAUUCUGCUCCUGAGCACUGCAAAUGUGAGCACCAACUCAGUCCCUUAACGGUGUCACUGACAUGAUGCUGUCCUGGUGGUGAAGGCACUGUUUAGUGCACGGUAGAGAUGGCAAUCUCAUGCCAGGGCUGCAAACUGUGGGCAGUAAAUUUGGCUCUAGCCUUAUGGGCUCAUCAGUGGCAUGUCUUGUCAUUUCCAGCCAUUAUUUUUCCUUCCAUCACGGUCUGGCAGGUUGCAAGAUGAAAGCUGAAAUGUAGCUAAGGGAAGCCGUGCAAUGAUUUGCCAGAGUGAAAGCUCACCCUGUCUCCCACAAAAAUUUGCUGUUUGGUCUUACUAAAUGUCCCUUGAUGCAUAUAUUUUGGGGGUGCAAAAGAGCCUGGGCUGUCUCAUUUUAGGCCUGGGCCUAGGCCCAUGGGGUGUUGAAUCGCAGACAGGUGGCUCUGGGAGCAUGUGCUGCACAGACAAAUGUGAAAAGUCUGGAAUGCCUUUAGAGAGGCUGCUUGCUUGAGAGACAUCAUUAGCUUUGAGCCGUCUGCUUGUCCCCAGGAGUGGGCGGAACAAGGUGAUAAAAUAUGUGGGGAAAUAAAAAAGCCAAGGAAAGGGAAGGGCUGGUUUUAGAAGGCAAGUGAGUAUCUUGGGUUGGGAAAUUGAGACUGGUUUCAGGAGUGUGGCGUAGAAUUUUAAGUACCACAGUGUAUACAAGCAAAGAAAAAACAAAGGAAAAUAGAAACAUACUAGAGCACUAGGACAUUCUAGAUGUAAUACUGGGCAAAUACUGGUUUAUAAAGGAGACAUAUACCAAUAAAAGCAAGGGACCAUUUAUCCAGGCAGGGAAAAAAAAUAGGCAAGGUUUGUGUUCAUUUGUGAUUUUUUUUUCCUGUAAGAAAAUACAACUGUUAAAAGGAAUGACAAAGUUAAGUUUUUCGUGGCCACAGACAGGAGUAUAAUACUACAUGAGCUUGUUCCUUCCACAUGAAGUGCUCUUACUUCCCCAAAAUCUAGUGCAUGAGUUUCCCUGAGUUCAGGCUAUGGAUCAAAGAAUGCAGACCUGGGUCACUGCAAACCCACAAAACCAUAAGUACUUCUGAACACUUAAUCAUCAGUCAUUCAUGUGCAAAUCUGGGUGUUCCAUUUGGCAAUGUGAUCUUCAAAAGUUGCAUUAAAUCUUGCUUGAUUUUCCCCUCCAGGGAGUGCCCACAUCCUUUACCCCACUGAAUCCCAGUGGUUAAUGAAACGGCAAAGCAAGUAGCUGAAUUUUUGGUGCACUGUGUCCAUCCUUGUUUCCUGAUCUGGCCAGGAAUGAGAGUGGAGCUAGGCUCCAAAUGAGUAUCAAAAAUAGAAGACGAGAAAGUUCCCCUCUCAGCAGUGCUUUCCAGGAGUAGCCAAACUUGCUCAACACUAAGGUGCUCCCCAUCAGGCUCUUGCAUCAGUACACCUUUAAGGUUUCUUUAAGUUGCUGUUAAGCUGUUAAGUCCCCCAAAAUGAGAGUGUCCCCUUUGCAAGUGACAUACUGAGUUUCAAGCCUGGAGAAAGUAGGUGUUUUCAAACAUUCAUUCUGGAUGGCAGUGUCAUAACUGACACAGGCAGAGAUGUCAGUUGCUGCUCGAAGAUGAAAAUGUGAGCAUUUGGGCUCUUCCAUGUCUCUUAUUCCCUCCCAGUACACUACUGAGCAAUGAAACAGCUCCCUCAGAGAAGUGAUAGGAGGCC